AGGAAACAAACAAUUCAUUUAUGGCCAACCGUUACAGAGUUUGCCUAAUUCUGUUCUCCAUUACCUCCCAUGGCUUCUGCUUCAUGUUCAGUUCAUUUACUUCCCUCUAAAACCAGACAAACGCGUAGAACAAAUGAUUCCGGUUCCAAAAUUCAGAAGACUUUCUGGAACACUGAUGUGCUACAGCACUCCUCUGUCCCCAAGCUAAUCUCCAUGAAAUCGAAGGCUGCACCACAUGACCGGAACACAAAACCAAACAGUGUGAUUUGUGGUGAUUGUGAUGGAAAUGGGGCUGUUCUUUGCUCUCAAUGCAAAGGUAGUGGAGUGAACUCUGUUGAUCUAUUUGAUGGACAGUUUAAAGCCGGUGAUUCAUGUUGGCUUUGCGGGGGAAAGAAGGAGAUGUUAUGUGGGAAUUGUAACGGAGCUGGGUUCAUAGGUGGUUUCAUGAGCACUUGGGAUCAGUAGAAGUGCCUUCAUGUAUAUUGAAGCUUCAAAAUACUACCAUAUUUGUUGAAGAACAAAAAGCUCAUCAGGUC